AUGAUGAAUGGUCUGCAAACACUCUCGUACUGGCAGGAAUAUUUCGAUCAUCCCAAGGGCCCGACACUGGGGUUGUUCAACUGUGUGAUGAGCGUAGGUGCCCUAGCCGGACUGACGAUUCUACCAUAUAUGCUUGAUCACUGGGGUCGAAGAAUAUGCCUAGUCUCCGGAUCUUUCUUCAUGCUGCUAGGUGUGGGGCUACAAUCGGGUUCCAUCAAUUUCUCCAUGUUUGUUGCUGCUCGGUUUAUUCUAGGAUUCGGAGACAUCUUGGUCAUUUGCACGACACCUCUACUAAUUGCUGAAAUUGCCCCGGCGCAGGACAGAGCUAUCUUGGUUACUAUAGCUGGCGCCACUUACCACUCUGGUGCAUUCAUCGCGGCGUGGACGACCUAUGGAACCUUGAAAAUCACGAGUGACUGGUCAUGGAGAGCCCCAAGCCUGAUACAAGGGCUGUUCACAUUGAUCAUGCUGGCAGUCGUGUGGUGGAUUCCGGAGAGCCCGCGUUACUAUGUGUCGAAAGGCCAGCCGCAGAAGGCUUUAGAGAUACUUGCAUACUACCAUGCUGAAGGGAAUGAGCAUGAUGAAGUGGUUCAGCUGGAGUUCACCGAGAUCACAACUGCCAUCACCAUGGAGCAGAAUUUGGAGCAUUCGGGGUCUUACAUGGAUUUCCUGCGGACUCCUGGAAAUCGGAAGCGACUGCUGAUCAUCAUCACAUUUGGACUAUUCGCACAGUGGUCUGGCAAUGGUCUAGUGUCUUAUUACUUGAACCUCAUCAUGAAUAGUAUUGGGAUCAAAGAUGCUGAUCGACAAUUGUUGAUCAAUGGGGCUUUGACGUCCUUCAACCUCGCCACAAAUUUAGUUUUCAGCUUUUUCGUCGACAAAUGGGGACGACGACCGAUUAUGCUUGUCAGCUCAGCUGGUAUGAUGGUGGCAUUUGUGAUAUGGACAGCGCUUUCGGCAAAGUAUGAUGCAAAUGCAAGCUCGGGACUUGGAUCUGGAGUGUUGGGGAUGAUUUUUAUAUAUUAUCUGUUUUACAAUCUAAAGUCCGGGCUGAUUGCAAGCUACACAACGGAGAUUCUCCCAUACUCGAUGCGCGCCAAGGGAUACACAAUCAUGGAGUUCGCCAUGUACAUCGCGUUGUUCUUCAACCAAUAUGUCAACCCAAUCGCACUCGAGAUUAUUCGCUGGCGCUAUUACAUCUUCUACUGCUGCUUUCUUGCUGUGGAAGUGGGUGUGAUUUGGUUCUUCUAUCCCGAGACACGCUAUCUGCCUCUGGAAGAGAUUACGAAGUUAUUCGAUGGAAAUGAUAUUGCCACGGCGACAAACUUGGAGAUGGAAAAAUUGGAAGAGAACGGAAAAGUUACAACAGUGGUUCACAUUGAAAACGCAAGGGCAUGA